AUGGCACAACCUACCCCUCCCAUCUCGGGUCCAUCUUCUCAUCAGAAUGUUACUGAAAGCUCGAAGAAACCCGUUGUGAUACUUUGUAUCGGCAUGGCUGGUUCGGGAAAAACAACCUUGAUGCAAAGAUUAAAUUCUUACCUUCACACACAAUCGACCCCACCUUAUAUCCUCAAUCUCGAUCCUGCCGUCACACAUAUGCCUUACACAGCCAACAUAGAUAUCCGAGAUACUGUCGAUUACAAAGAGGUCAUGAAGCAAUAUAACCUUGGUCCUAAUGGUGGUAUCUUGACAGCUCUCAAUCUGUUCACGACGAAAUUCGAUCAAGUGCUUGGUUUCGUUGAGAAAAGGGCAGAGAGUGUUGAGUAUGUCUUGGUGGAUACUCCGGGUCAAAUUGAAAUCUUUACGUGGUCUGCUUCAGGAGCGAUCAUCACCGAUUCUCUCGCUUCUUCCUUCCCAACAGUGAUAGCGUACAUCAUCGAUACACCCCGAACUACGGCCCCGGCAACGUUCAUGAGCAAUAUGCUUUAUGCAUGUUCGAUAUUGUACAAAACCAGAUUACCAUUCGUUUUGGUGUUCAAUAAGACAGAUGUGGAACCACAUGAUUUCGCUUUGGAAUGGAUGGAAGAUUGGCAAGCUUUUCAAAGGGAUUUAGAUGCGAGAGGGAGGGAUGAACAUGGAGAAACGAGUUAUUUGAAUUCAUUAAUGGGAAGUAUGAGUUUGGUAUUGGAGGAGUUUUACAGUAAUUUGAGAGCCGUCGGGGUCAGUGCAAUGACAGGAGAAGGUAUGCGAGCCUUCUUCUCUGCUAUAGAAGAGGCUCGAAAGGAAUACGAAUUGGAUUACAAGCCAGAGCUUGACCGUCUGACAGCCGAACGUGCUCAACAGACAGAAGCCGAUAAGAAAGAUAAUUUGGCGAGGUUGAUGAAGGAUAUGACUGUCACUCCCGGUCAAAAUAACCCUUUUGGGCCUCAUGCGAGGAACGAGCGAGAAGAUCGGGAUAUGGAUGAGGGUGGUCCCGAUUCAGAGGAAGAACGGGAAAUACAACGACAAGAGGAAGAAGAGGCAGAAGCGGAGAAUGAAGAGACUUUCGAUGUCCGGGAUAUGGAACCUCCGGAUAUCAUGACUAUGCCAACGGGGAGUACUGGUAUGCGCUGGCCUAGACCACAAUGA